AAUCCUUGUUGCGCUCGGUAUUGCUGCUGCUGCUGGAUAUGCUGUCUUUAAGGAGUUGAUAUUUCAACCAAAAUAGUAUAAAGUAUUCACCAGGCUCUGGAAAGGAUUCAGAACGAAUGCCAGGUUGUAAACUAGCUUUCUUGUCUUUGAACCAAGUCCAACACUUCGAAAACAGUGCAUUGGAGUUUAUCUCUGUUAAUCAGUUCCUUAUGGAAACUUGAAAUGACAACAGUACAUGUAUUAUCAGUUAUACUGUGGAUCUUCAGGCGAAGCAUCUCAAUAUACAUCUGCAGCAUGAGCAUCGAAAUAACAUCUUAGAACCCUGAUUUGCCUUGAAUAAUAACCUGAUAAAUUAUAACAAUGAGCACUAUCAUCUAUUUGCACUUAUCAGGUCAGAUCUCGGAUGAAUCCUGCGUAUACUGGCUUGAUAAAUUAUGAGUAUGUUUCUGUUUUCUUGCAUGUAUAUAUGUGAUUCGACAGACAGCCAAGCUAUAUGUGAUUCUAAGCAUUUUGAAGUAUCAGUUAGGGGUUGUCAUUCUAAUUCUAUGCCACAUGGUAUUACUUAUGCUUCUGUCAGGUAGGGUGAGGAUUGGCCAACCUAUUACCGGGUAUGGUCAAGAAACUAGGAAUUGCGCUGCUCGCCAACGUAUUCCAAACAGGAUAUAUAUGGAUGAAAAUGGCAUCGAGCAAGUAGAGGUUAAUUUCUAUAUUUGUGGGCCCCAUGUAGCCGGAAAAGUUUUCACCGAAAUGUUCAAGGACAAAACGGACAAUAAAUGGAAGUAUACCUACUUGAUCGUUCAGAUCAAUUCACCUUCCCGGGCAGAAUUAAUGCGGGAGUCUUAUUUACCAGCAGCGGAGACAAGGCCCUUCGCAGCCAUUAACAUUGGGAUAAACUUGUUUUUGCAGAGAAUUGAAAUGUUUCUGGAUGAUGAGCUUUGUUUUCAGUGUCCCCAAUUUGAUCAGUCACCAGUUGAACUCUAGCUCCCCUCUAGGGGUAAAAUGUUUGAGAUUAUAGAUUGAUCAAUAAUUGUUCAUUCAACUUUUACCCCUUGGUGAA